GACAGCAGCUGGCGGAGACGGUGCUCUCGCCGCAAACCCUGCCGGCCCUCCCUCACCGGCGGCCACGCUGCAGCUACCCGCACAACUCGCCGAAGGGACUACAUCUCCCGGCGCGCCCCGUGGCGGGACUACAGCUUCUGGUAGUAGCCAGCCGCAAGACUACGACUCCCAGCGUUCCCCGCGGCGGGACUCCAGCUCCCAGUGUGCCCCGCGGGCGGGCACCGGAGCAGUAUGGCGGCGCUGGCGCGGUGGGCUCGGCUCCCGCUGCGGCCGAGCGCCGCGCGUUGGUGCCGGGCUCUAAGUGGGGCUUCCGAGGCCCCUCCUCCCCCACCGCCGCCGCCUCCCCCCACCUCCGCCAGGGCCCACGUGUUGGCGGCGGCGCUGGGCGCCGGGACGGCGGCGCUGGUACUUCUGUGGGCCCGGGAUGGCGAGGGACAGCGGCCCGCUUUGCCCACGCUGCGCGCCGCCGUGCCCGCUCCACCGCCGCCCGCCUCCCCGCCGCCCGCCUCCCCCCGUGCCGCCUUCAACUUCAUCGCCGACGUGGUGGAGAAGACGGCGCCCGCCCUGGUCUACGUGGAGAUCGUGGGCAGGCAUCCCUUUUCGGGCCGUGAUGUGCCCAUCUCUAAUGGCUCGGGUUUCCUGGUGUCUCCGGAUGGGCUCAUUGUGACCAACGCACAUGUGGUGGCAAACCGGCGGCGCGUGCGGGUGAAGCUGGCCAGCGGCGAGCAGUAUGACGCUGUGGUGCAGGAUGUGGACCAGGUGGCAGACAUCGCUACCAUCAAGAUCAAGCCUAAGCACCCGCUGCCCACCCUGCCCCUUGGACGCUCCUCCGAGGUGCGGCAGGGAGAGUUCGUGGUGGCCAUGGGCAGCCCGUUUGCCCUCCAGAACACCAUCACCUCUGGCAUCGUCAGCUCAGCCCAGCGGGGCAGCCGGGAGCUGGGCCUGACCGCCUCUGACAUGGAGUACAUCCAGACUGAUGCUGCUAUCGAUUUCGGGAACUCCGGGGGCCCCCUUGUCAACUUGGAUGGCGAAGUGAUUGGGGUGAACACUAUGAAGGUGACAUCAGGCAUCUCUUUUGCCAUCCCCUCAGACCGACUGCGGAAGUUCCUGCAAAAGGAGGAGCAGCGCAAAAGCUCCUGGUUUGGCAAUACAGAGACAAAGCGCCGUUACAUAGGGGUGAUGAUGCUGACUCUCACGCCAAGCAUCCUGGCUGAGCUGAAGCUGCGUGACCCCAGCUUCCCCGAUGUCUCCUAUGGAGUGCUAAUCCACAAGGUGAUCAUUGGCUCCCCGGCCCAUCAGGCAGGACUGAAGGCAGGUGACGUCGUGCUGGAGAUCAACGGGCAGGCAUCGCGCCGUGCAGAGGAUGUGUACGAGGCCGUGCGGACGCAGCAGAGCCUGGCCUUGCUGGUGCGACGUGGGUACGACACUUUGCUGGUGAGCGUCGUCCCUGAGGUCACGGAGUAGCAGUGCUGUUGCGCAGGCUGCUGCGGGCACCGGCUGGCCGUGCUGGCCGAGAGCCCAGGACACUGGACUGAGCAGUGACUGUGGCGGUCAGGGAGAGACUAAGACCUUGUGAGGGACUGGAAGGGGUCAGGCAGAGGGGCCCGGCCUGGUGCUUGGGUGGACUCAUGGUGCAACUGCUCCUCUCUGUACUCCAAUAAAGCACUUUUUUAGGGAUCCCCA